CUCCCGCCGCUCAGUCCGCGUUGACUCGGUGCUGGAAGCGGCGGCGGAGCGGAGCAGCGGGGAUCCGGUACACCGUCACUCACCCCCCGAUACCCACAUCAGGCGCACCCCCCUCAGACAAGAUGUCAAAGCUGGACCAGAUCCUCGUCCUCGACCCUCCAUCCGACCUCAGAUUUAAAGGUCCCUUCACAGACGUCGUCACCACCAACCUCAAACUGAAGAACCCGUCUGACAGAAGAGUCUGUUUCAAAGUGAAGACGACGGCGCCGCGCAGGUACUGCGUACGGCCGAACAGCGGCGUCAUCGAGGCCGGCGCCGCUGUCAACAUCUCCGUUAUGCUACAACCCUUCGACUACGACCCCAAUGAGAAGAGUAAACACAAAUUCAUGGUGCAGACCAUCUUUGCCAGUGGAAACGUUUCCGACAUGGAUUCAUUGUGGAAAGACGCGAAACCCGACGAUCUCAUGGACUCCAAGCUGAGAUGCGUGUUCGAGCUGCCUUCUGAAAACGAUAAAGUGAAUGACGUGGACGCCACCAAAGCGGCUCCGCUCGUGAACUCCGUGAAGGCCGACCCGUCGGCGGCCUCGGCGCCCGCCGCCGCGCUGGACGACACCGAGACCAAGAAAGUGAUGGAGAAGUGCAAGAGGCUGCAGUCCGAGAUCAACAAGCUGACUGAGGAGAACCGGCAACUAAAGGUCAAAGAGGAGGAAGGCGUCCGGAUGAGAAAGAUGCCCCGCUCGGACCACCCGACGUCCAACUCCACCGGCCUCGUCGCCCGGGAAACCAGCUCCGCCUCCCUGCCCUCCCUCCUCGUCGUCAUAGCAGCCAUCUUCAUCGGCUUUUUCUUGGGGAAGUUCAUCCUGUAGACGGGGAGAUGCAUGCCCGCCGUUUAUCCCCGCCGUAUCGCCCCGACUCCGGAACAAAACAAACCGAGGCCUGGAAAUAAAAAAGAAAAAAAAACAAAACAAAACAAAAAAAAAAAUCCCAGAAGUCCUGUUCUGUUGACUUUGCCAUAUCAUCGGUAGUGUGGCCUCCAGUGAACACAUCUGUACAGCAUCGUGCACGGCGGCGCCGUCGCCUCACACACUUAAUACGCACACGAGUUGAGUGAAACCAGGCGAGAUUUCUUUUCCUCUUUCUUAUUGGAUGGCUGGAGUUGGCAGGAAACGUGGCCGGACAAUGAAAUGUUGUAAACUAUCAUCAGUCGACGCGGAAGAUGCACCUAAAGUUGGGUUUUUCUUUUCUCUUUCUCUGUUGUUUUUAAUAGGAAUUGAAUGGAACGUUAGGUGUCUUGUAAAUGUUUUAAAAAAAAAUCCUUUUAAACAGAAAAAAAAAAAAAAAAACCAGGAAUGACCUUCCAUCGAAACAGACCUACAGCUACC